AUGAGCGUCAACAUCACGGCAGUGUCAUGGUGUUUUGGUGGUUUGGCUCUGGCGGUUGUUAGUGUGAGGUUGUACACACGUGUGGUGGCUUUGCAACGUGCUGGCUGGGAUGACUUCUUCAUCGCUUUCUCGCUGGCAAGUGCUCUAGUAUGCUCUUCUUUGGUGCAAGUCGCCGUUUCUUACGGAUUGGGGCGCCACUUGAACGAAAUUUCAGAUGCGUCUCGACAAAUUCAGGCGAUCAAGUACACAGUCAUAGCACCCAACUUCUCUGUUAUCAGCACCACAACUGGCAAGAUAAGUGUGACCAUCUUCCUACUUCGGCUCAUGGGACAAUCGGCAUCCGCGCCACGUCGAUGGUUCCUAUACAUCCUCAUGGUAGUCUCAAUUGCGUGGAAUGUGCUGGCUAUUGUGGCUAUAAUUGGGUUCUGUCGACCCGCGGAGCGUAUCUGGAACCAGAAUGUUGAUGGCUCCUGCUUCAGUCUCAACUUUCAGUUGAUUGCCGGGAUAUCUCAAGCUGCCUUCAACGCAUUCAACGAUUUGGCCCUUGCCCUUUUCCCGGCUUACAUCUUUUGGCACGUCCAGCUCGCCUCAAAGAUGAAGUUCGCAAUCAUCUCCGUUAUGGGAGCCGGUAUCUUUGCGGCGGCGGCCACGGUGGUCAAAUGCAUUUUGCUGAAGAACCUUCCUGCCCAUGCCGAUAUCACCUGGUCUUGGGCCGACAUCACUAUUUGGUAUACGAUCGAGAUGUAUGUUAUCAUCAUCUGUGCAUCGUUGCCUACCCUCCGACAAUCCUACUCAGUGGUGCUGCAACGCUCCCGAAAGAGUUCAGCGUACAUGCGCUCAGAAUCGACCCCUCGACAGAAGCCAAUCCCCCUUGUCCGUCGUGCCCCAGAUGCUUCAUUAUUUGCCACUCACACUGAGGCGCAAGCGGACCGAGCAGAUAGCCGAUAUUCUAGUCAGGAAAAUAUAUUGGGAGAUGUUGGAAUACGGAAGACAACAGAGGUCCGCGUGUCUCAAGAGCCUCGGCAGGAUCAUGAGGACAGUUCACGUUUCCCACAGUUGAAUCCUUUUAGGGGUCCUGAAAAAGCCCCAUAA